AGGCGUUCCCUAACGCAGGUGAGAUUUAAGGGCUCCUGAGUUGUAGAAAUGGCAGGUGUAACAUUUGGUCUUCUCUUGUUCUUAGCUGGCCUAGAUUUAUCUCUCGAAGAGGGAGUAGAUCUGAAUGGUGAAUGGAUGGUAGAAGGCACGAGUGGCAUCAAGAUCCGCGGUACGGUGCCAGGAUGUGUCCACACGGAUCUUAUGGCCGCUGGAAAGAUAGGUGACCCGUAUUAUCGCUUCAACGACUUAGAUUACCGCUGGAUAGCCAAGGAAAACUGGACGUACAGUCGGGUAUUUGACGUACCUGAAGGAAUGCUGGACUUUAAUGAGUUGCUACUGCUCUGUGAGGGAUUGGACACCGUCGCGACGAUUUUUGUCAACGGGAAGUUGGUCGGCCGAUCUGACAACAUGUUUAAGAGGUACAUGUUUGACCUCAAGUCUGUACUGAAGUCAGGUUUGAACACCAUUUCCGUCAACUUCACAUCUGCUAUAACGUACGCCAUGAUGAAGAACGCAAGUCACUCCCAGUACAUGGUGCCACCAGACUGCCCCCCUGCUGUACAGAAGGGUGAAUGUCAUCCCAACUUUAUAAGGAAGGAGCAGUGUUCCUUUAGCUGGGACUGGGGACCGGCAUUCGCAACACAGGGUAUCUGGAAGAACAUCAGUGUCCAGGGUUACGACAGUUUCGUCAUCAGAGAUGUCUUAGUCACAACGAGGGAAGGAGACGGCCGCUCUGUGUCUUGGCAACUUGACGUCAACAUAAUCAUGGACGUCGCCCGAACAAAGAACAGCACCCCUCUCACUGGACUCAUCAACGCACGGCUAGACGGGUUCCAAACUACCGUCAACAAGACCGUUACGCUGUCGGCUCCGAAGGACAGCGUAACGCUGACGAUGAACAUCAGUCCAGACGUAAGGGUUGAGAGGUGGUGGCCUGUAGGGUACGGCAGACAGAUGCUGUACAACUUAACGGUGUCUGUCAUCAACAAAGAAUUCGGAGAAGGAACGAUUAGAACUGUGAGGUUUGGUUUCCGCACGGUGGAACUUGUACAGGAGGAAAUUCCAGACUCCCCCGGUCUCAGUUUCUACUUCAAAAUCAACGACCUGCCAAUAUUCAUGAAGGGCUCGAACUGGAUUCCAGCUGACGCUUUCAAAAACCGCAUCACAACCGAGUACACCAGAAACCUGCUACAGUCUGCCGUCGAUGCCAACAUGAACACCCUGCGAGUGUGGGGCGGAGGGAUAUAUGAACACGAAGACGUUUACGACAUCGCUGAUGAACUCGGAAUCAUGAUAUGGCAGGACUUCAUGUUCGCUUGUGCCAUGUACCCAACAGAUGACGACUUUCUCAACAACGUAGGUGAAGAGAUACAACAACAGGUUCUACGGAUCGGUAACCAUCCUUCUGUUAUAGCUUGGAGCGGCAACAAUGAAAACGAAGCUGCCCUUGCAACAAACUGGUACGGCACCGACAACUCAACACAACUCCAUACUCUCUUUCGCGAAGACUACGUGAAGCUGUACAUUGAUGUCAUCAAGGCACAGGUCACCUCUCUUGACCAAUCACGUCCCUUCAUCAGUUCAAGUCCGUCCAAUGGGAAAGAGACAGAGAUGGAGCAUUGGGUGGCUAAAAAUCCUUACGACAAUAACUUCGGAGAUGUGCAUUAUUACAACUAUGCGGCCGACUGCUGGGAUUGGACCACGUUUCCUAAAACAAGAUUCGCUUCUGAGUAUGGCUUCCAAUCAUGGCCAUCCUUCCAUACAUUGAAGAACGCGUCCAGGGAAGAGGACUGGACAUUGAACAGUGCCUUUAACAGUCACAGGCAGCACCAUGGAGAUGGCAAUGCUCAGAUGAUGAACCAGGCAAAGUUCCAUUUUGCUUUACCAACCGGCGGUGGUCCUUUACAACAAUACAAGGACUUUAUUUACCUGUCACAGGUCUCACAAGCCAUGUGCAUCAAAACGGAGAGUGAGUUCUACCGAAGAAGCCGAAGCGAAAUUGUGAACGGAAUGGGCCAUACUAUGGGCGCCCUGUACUGGCAACUCAACGACAUAUGGUAAGGUCCGACCUGGUCAUCAUUGGAAUAUGGAGGGAGGUGGAAAAUGCUCCACUAUUACGCUGCCAAGUUCUUUGCCCCGGUCAUGACUGUUAUCUUCGAGGACAAAGAACAGCUGAAGGUGUAUGUUGUGUCAGACUUGGCCAUCAAACAAAACCUAGUAACCUUACAGGUGCAACUCUGGACGUGGUCAAGCUUUACGCCUCUCCAAAACUGGACCGCGACCUUCGACAUGGAAGCUAGCUCCGCAAAGAUGGUUUUUAACGAGGCCACUUCCCAGCUCCUGAAGAGUGGCAAAUGUGCCGCACGAGAGAACUGUUACUUCACCAGCGCUAUAUACCUGAACAAGUCUCGGCCGUUCGGUCCAGUCAACGUGCAUUUUCUGACGCGUUUUCAGUCAGCAAAUGGACUGAAGAAGGCUAAGAUAACAGUCUCCAACGUCACAAUUCUUCCUGGUCCGUCCAAGCCAGGAGCGGGCACUACCUUGCGGCUGGAGUUGCAGACCACGGCGCCGGCACCGUUUGUUUGGCUCGAUGCCGGGGACGUGGAGGGGAGGUUCUCCGAUAACGGUUUCCUCAUGAACGCUGAGAGGCUCAGUCUUGAGUUUUACGCGCGCAGUAGCGUAACAGUUGCCGCGUUUCAGAACGAAGUGACUGUGCAGUCGCUUAUGGACAUCUACAGAAAUAGUGUGUGAGGGCUGCCAUGACGCUAGUCAUUAAUACAAUGUUGCUUUUUUAGAGACCGUCAUUAAGAUAUGUGCUCACGUUUUAUGUUUUCUGGGGUGAAAUCAUCAUUGAAAAUUUCCCCCCAUCAAGAAAUACAUAAAAAUAGUUGCGUUAAAACUUAGCUUGUCGCGCUUUACUUUAUGUUUUUAUAUGACAAUGACAACAUUUUGGCGAAAUGAUUUGCGUAGAUGACGAAAGGAACCGAGAAGUACGAGCUGUUAUCAACGCAAUGUAUGAAUCCGUGACAGUGAUGAUACAAUUUCAUUGAAAGGAAUGUUAUUCUCAUUUGUUAGCCAAUUCUUGGACUGCUGGUUGAUUGUUGUUUUCCUGUUGGUUUUACGUCAUAAAGGCAAAUGUUAGGAAUGUCCGGUAAUAUAAGUACAUGUAAGCAUAUCCACCAAUUCUC